AUGAUGCAGUUGGAAAAACCAGCCACUGAAUCGGAUCUGGCAAAUGCUCAGGUGCAGUUCGACGAAUGGCUUCAGAAGCAGAAAACCUCGCUGUCGGAAGAGAAGAGCCGACUCCAGGCGCAAAAGGAAAACCAGAACCCGAUGAAGGCGCCGAAGGAAGAUAGCGCGCUAGAAUUAACGGGUAAAACGCAGCCUCUGCGCAGGAGCUACUCAAAAGACACAGAACCGUUGAUUUUUAAAAUGGGUGAAGAGAACCUUUACCGCAAGAGGCUUAUUUCAAAAGACGCGAGAAUAGCGAAGACGGGCAUCAAUUUGCCACAAAAAGGCUACAAUCCCUUCGACACAGAUCUCACUCGAGAAGCGGCUCAUCGUCGACGGCUUCCGCGUGAGGCUCCCUCAUCGUCUGGUGGAGAUCUCUUUGCGCAUCGUCCAACAACGGCUGAAGUAAAAGAUAAGCAAAGACGCGCCUACAAGGCAGCACUCGAUGCUCAAAUGGCAUCGCGAAGACGAGGAGCUAUCGCUUCUGUCAGAAGCCAUAAAACAGAAAUGCCCAUGGCAAAUCCUCCAACAAAGCACGAGUCGAUCAUCCACCAUCCAAGCUUUGAAACGCUUGUGAACAACCCCGAACUUAACCAAACUCCUCGGCCGACGAGUCAACUUGCCAAACAAGCGCAGAAAUCCGCUGCUAUUCAGACUCCUGAUAUAGACGACUACGAAGACGUAAAAGUACCGACUCCUCGAAAUAUCAGACAAAAAUCGUUUGAUCGCGCUCCUCCGCCGCAGUUCGUUCAGCAACCGGCUCCCCAAGUUCACAUCGUGCACGCUCCUCCUGCUCAGCAACCAGCGAACCCGCCAGUCCAGCAGAUAUACCACCAACCUCCUCCCCCGUCGCACUCUAUCGACGAUUCUCGACUCCAAGCGGCCCUAGAGCAAGCGACGAUGAAUCUUCAAUCGACAAGUGCUGCAUUGACGCGCACUGGAGGCAUCGCACCCGCGAAUUUUGCUCAAUAUCCAACGACGACAGUGCAGUACUCUUCGCUUCCAACCUACCAAGAGCCGGAGAAUCAAGUCAAUACUCCCCGACGGGUGCAGAUUGAUCACACACCGAGAGUAUCUCAAAACGAGCCACAGCAAUACAGAACGCGCGGAGACGGAUCAAAUCCGAAUAAGCAGUCCGCUAGUGAUUACGCAAAAAUGCUUCGAGAGCAAAUCCAGCAAAGGCAAAGAGAGAAACAGAGGAUCAAGAACGAGGAGAAUGCAUACAACGCUAAGAAAGAAGUGGAGAUGAGAUACUAUGAUCCUUUUGGACGAGGCGGAGCAGGCGCCCCUGUUCGAGGAAAAGACGGCCAAGUGAUGACUGAUUUGAGGCAAAUGCAGUUCAUCAAUAAGCAGUUGGAAAACAACGUUGAUCUGACAUACGAACUCAAGGACGUUGAACAACGAAAUACUCCAGCUCCUCCAUCCAGAAUCGAACAACUCGAUUACGAUCGCGAAGAAGCGUUGGGAAAAGGAGCUCGUGUGAAAAGUGACAUCUUUGGAGAGCCACAGAAAAAGGACUACAACUACAUGGCUUACUUAGAAGAUGAGAUCAGAAAGAAAGAAGAAUUGAAGAGGAAAAAGAAGGAGCAAGAAGAGCUUGAAGCGCAGAAGGAAGAGCAACGAAUCAUGAAAGAAAUCGAAAAGCUCAACCGUCAAGCUGAGGAAGAAAAAAGACGCGAAGAACUUGCAAAGGCGCAGAAAGAACAACAGAAGAUGGCCUCUAUUCAACGCCAAGCGCCCAAGCUACGUCGAUCUGACGAGGUGCAGCGCCGUACUCAGUUCAAAACCACUCCGCGCCAGCCUCAAAGAGAGUAUCGAUCACGCGGUCGUCAGUCUACUACAUUGAGUGAUAUUUCUUGGGAUCAGCGAAGUGAGAUGAACCUUUAUCUGGAUCAGCCGGCGCCGUCGCGUCAGAGCCGACAUCCCUAUCACACAAACCACGCUGCGAUUAACACGAAGGCGCUCGAAGAAAUCGACCGAAUGAAGGAAGCCCUUCAACAGGAACUGAUGCACGUCCAGUACAAAGUCGAGCAGAAGAAUCUCGAAAACAAAUACAGCCAAGAUCCGGUCUACAACAGUUCUUAUCCAAAGCCGCAGUUUUCUGCACCGCCAAGGCACAAUCUCUCCGCGCGGAAUCGCUCUAUUAUGGCACCGCCAACGGAUGAGCAGAUUCGCCAAAACACGCAAGAGUACAUUAACCGUACGACGGCGACGGAUGAUUUGACCGAAAAGGAUCUUCUCGAUAUUAAAAACGACGAUCAAAUUGGCGAUGGCGCUAAGCUUGACGAUAACCCAGAUCCUACUUUCUUGACUGCUGUUCCGACGGAAAAAAGUAUUGAUAUUCAGAGGUCAACUAAGGUCGAAUUCGCCCCGAGUCCUGAGUCUUCCCAGACUGAGUUGGAUACAGCCGGACUUGCGGAAAGAAACGCUGCUCGCGAGGUAUCUAAAAUAUCUUCUCUGCAUUCUCGCUCCUCCCAAAAACUCAUUCACACAGACAGCAGCGAAGCUGUGCUUGAGAACCGAAAAGUUUCAACCAUCCAAACAGGGUUAAAAGGGGCUAAACGGCCGGGUGAAGAGCGUAAAGUGUCGCGCAAGAUCCACGCGCUGCUCGAGCUCCAAGCCGAAGCUGAACCGUCUCUCCGCCAUGCGCCACGAUAUUCGCAAAAAGUGGCAGAGCGUCAUAGACUAAUCAAAUUGAUCUUGGAAGUUGAGAAGAGUCUUGAAGCGCCAGAAGACUCCAGCGAUCGUCUGCAAAUCGUCUCCAACUCUCAUCUGGACUAA